UUUACUCAAGGUCUUAGCCUUAUAUAUAUCCAAGUCUUUGCCACAAACUUUCCACAGCUUGAAAACAACAUACCAAAAUGAGUUCUUCAUUUUGGACUUUGUGUUUGAUUUUAGCAUCACUUGUCUCUUUUUCAUUAUGUGCUCCUCCAAGGACACCAGUGGAUGUACCAUUUGGAAGAAACUAUUAUCCAACUUGGGCUUUUGAUCAUAUCAAAUACUUCAAUGGUGGUUCUGAGAUUCAACUUCAUCUUGAUAAAUACACUGGUACUGGUUUUCAAUCAAAAGGUUCAUACUUGUUUGGUCAUUUCAGUAUGAACAUAAAGAUGGUUCCUGGUGAUUCAGCUGGCACGGUAACCGCUUUCUAUUUAUCUUCACAAAAUGCUGAACAUGAUGAAAUAGAUUUUGAGUUCUUGGGGAACAGAACAGGACAACCUUACAUUUUACAAACAAAUGUGUUCACUGGUGGACAAGGUAACAAAGAACAAAGGAUCUUUCUUUGGUUUGAUCCAACAAAAGAGUUUCACAGAUACUCCAUUCUAUGGAACAUGUACCAGAUUGUGUUUUUUGUAGAUGAUGUACCAAUCAGGGUGUUUAAGAACAGCAAGGACUUAGGAGUAAAAUUCCCAUUUGACCAACCAAUGAAGAUAUACAACAGUUUAUGGAAUGCAGAUGAUUGGGCCACAAGAGGUGGUUUGGAGAAAACAGAUUGGUCAAAAGCACCAUUCAUAGCAGGCUACAAAGGCUUCCACAUUGAUGGUUGUGAAUCAUCUGUUAAUGCAAAGUUUUGUGCAACACAAGGUAAAAGAUGGUGGGAUCAACCUGAAUUUCGUGAUCUUGAUGCUGCUCAAUGGCGUAGGCUAAGAUGGGUGCGUCAAAAAUACACAAUUUACAACUAUUGCACUGAUAGAAAACGUUUGCCUCAAGUUCCACCAGAAUGCAAAAGAGACCAGGACAUUUAAAUUUUCAUCAUGUGAUAUAUGAUACUCUAUUUUGUGUUAUUAUUUGUUCUCUCAUUAUAUGCUUUUAACACUAUGUCACAUCUACUUGUAUUACACAUGCAUUUAUUGUAUCAUUAUUUAUUGCCAUUAUUGUUCCAUCGAGUUCUGUAAAUUGAGAAAUGGUGUUAUGUAUUUGUAAUUUUAUUUUAGUCAUUCUCAUAUUAUAAUUAUAAUUUCACAA